AUGCUGGUCUAAUCAAGGCAGGUAAAAAAUUAUAAAUUCAUUUUAGAAAGUUAAGUUGAUGAAAUCUAUCAGAAAUUUAAAAGUUCAGAUGGCUUUCUUAGAAUUAAUCUAACAGAGUAUCCUUCUUUUGGAAAUUUUUGAUACUUACAAUAUUCAUACUCAUAAUUUAUAAAGCAAUAUUCUAUAACAACUAAUGCUCAUAUAUAAUUAUUAAUCUCAUUUUUUCAUUAUUAUUGCAUACCUUAUUUGA